AUGGAGAUGGACAACAUCUCCCUGGACUACUUCACCGGCAACUUCACAGACAGUCCCGAUCCGACGGCGACGCCCUACUGGAGCGGCGCCACGCUCCUGGGCCUCCAGAUAUCUCUGUCGGCGCUCCUGGGCGUGGUCACCUUGGCCACGGUGCUGUCCAACGCCUUUGUCAUCGCCACCAUCUUCCUCACCAGGAAGCUGCACACGCCCGCCAACUUCCUGAUCGGCUCGCUGGCGGUCACCGACCUGUUGGUGUCCAUCUUGGUGAUGCCCAUCAGCAUCCUGUACACCGUGAGCAAGACCUGGUCGCUGGGGCAGAUUGUCUGCGACAUCUGGCUGUCGUCCGACAUCACCUUCUGCACGGCGUCCAUCCUCCACUUGUGCGUCAUCGCCCUGGACCGCUACUGGGCCAUCACGGACGCGCUGGAGUACUCCAAGCGGCGCACCAUGCGGCGGGCGGCGGUGAUGGUCGCCGUGGUGUGGGUGAUCUCCAUAUCCAUUUCCAUGCCUCCGCUCUUCUGGCGGCAGGCCAAAGCCCACGAGGAGCUGACGGAGUGUAUGGUGAACACGGAUCAGAUCUCGUACACCCUCUACUCCACUUUUGGAGCCUUCUACGUCCCCACGGUGCUCCUCAUCAUCCUCUACGGGCGGAUAUACGUCGCCGCCCGCUCCCGCAUCUUUAAGAUGCCGACGUCGUCCGGGAAACGCUUUACCACGGCGCAGCUCAUUCAGACCUCGGCAGGCUCGUCUCUCUGUUCCCUCAAUUCGACCACCAACCAGGAGGCGCACCUGCAUUCCUCCGGCGCGGGGAAGCCCGAAGGCGGCGGGGGGUCGCCGCUCUUCAUGAACAGCGUGAAGGUGAAGCUGGCGGACAGUGUCCUGGAGAGAAAGCGCUUGUGCGCGGCACGAGAGAGGAAAGCCACCAAGACUCUGGGCAUCAUCCUGGGAGCUUUCAUCGUCUGCUGGCUGCCGUUCUUCGUGUUCACGCUGGUCACCGCCAUUUGCUUAGAGUGCUGGUCCCACCCCGUGCUUUUUGACGUCUUUACCUGGCUGGGGUACCUCAACUCGCUGAUCAACCCGGUGAUCUACACCGCCUUCAACGACGAGUUUAAGCAGGCCUUCCAGAAACUUAUGAAGUUCAGACGCUUCUCCUGAAAGAGCCGACUGAUAGAAGAUAGUGAAGAUGCUUUUUAGUUUUUACGUGGACCAGCUCAGUGCCAUACCUCCUUUGUCCUCAAAAACAUGCAUGCUGAAAGAUAAGACUUGCACUCACCUAAAAAUACUUUCCAUUAGCUCAUGCAGACAUUUUUCCAGCGUUAGGCGCCAAAGGACGGCAGCUGAGGCGCAGAAGAAAAAAAACACUGUUGACUUCUUUUUGAUUGACUGUACAAUGAAAUCUCCAAAGUCAAAUAUUUUAUUUGCAGUCAGUGGCGCUACUUGACUUGUUCUAACCCUGCGCUCCCCUAGGGCCCAAAACAGGCAUUAUGUGACAUGACUGUUCAGUUUGACGGUUUGUCGGGGAGUUUUUUUGUUGUUGUUGUUUUUUUUUUAAUACAAUCGCAUUGUGUUGUUGAUUGCACCAUUGUUAGGAAAGGAUACAAAGUAUACACACCUUCUCUUAAGAACUCUUUCGGCCCAAUUGACUCCCAUUAUAACUUGUGUUUUUUAACAGACUGUAAUUACUGUAUAUUUACUCUGCAUUUUCCAUGAAAACCAAAUGAAUCUCAUUUUUUGCCAAAUGAAAAACAAGAAAAUAUGGUUUUAAUGUAAUUGCAACCCCUUAACCACCAUAAGGUGCCAGAAAACCCUGAUGCAUAAUUCUCGGAGCUUUGAUAAGCAGAAACGAGUCAAACAGCCAUUAAACCGCCGAAAUACAAGAAAAAUUAUCUUAGGCAAUGA